AUGACCCUGUAUGGGGAGCUGGGUGCCGCUGGGGGUCCCGGGAAAGAGGAGCUUGUCACUGCCGGCGGGGGAGAGGACGGGGCCGGGGCAGGCCGGGGGCUGGACCCGCUCACUGGCCCCGGGUAUGGAGAGGAAGGGGCCAGGCGAGAAGCUGAGCACCAGAGCAGCAGUGAGCAGAGCAGGGGGAAGCUGCUGAAACCUCCGUACUCCUACAUCGCCCUGAUCACCAUGGCCAUCCUCCAGAGUCCACACAAGAAGGUGACCCUGAGCGGGAUCUGUGAGUUUAUCAGCGCCCGCUUCCCUUAUUACCGAGAGAAAUUCCCAGCCUGGCAGAACUCCAUCCGCCACAACCUGUCCCUCAAUGACUGCUUCAUCAAGAUGCCCCGGGAGCCGGGUAACCCGGGCAAGGGCAGCUACUGGAUCUUGGACCCAGCCUCCGAGGAUAUGUUCGAGAAUGGCAGCUUCCUGCGGAGGAGAAGGCGCUUCAAGAGGCAGAACCAGAGGGAGAGCUCAGACUGCCUGCUCCCAGAUCCCUACAGCCGGCCCUACCUGCCCCUAGCUCCCUCCUGCCUCCCCCCAGCUCCCUCCUGCCUGCCCCCAGCUCCCUCCUGCCUGCCCCCAGCUUCCUCCUGCCUGCCCCCAGCUUCCUCCUGCCUCCCUCCGGCUCCAUCCUGCCUGCCCCCAGCUCCAUCCUGCCUGCCCCCAGCUCCCUCCUGCCUCCCCCCAGCUCCCUCCUGCCGACCCUACCUGCCCCCUCCAGCCUACAGCUACCUGGCCCUCCCUGAUGCUGCCCUCCUCUGCUGCCCUGCCUACAGCCUCCGGCCAAAGCCCCAGGCGGCCAGCAACAGCGGCUCAGAGCCCGGCUCUGUUAGCCUCCUCCACCGCACCUCAUUCAGCAUCGAGAGCCUUAUCGGAGCUGGCCCCAGUCCCGCUGUGAGCCUCCCAGCCUGGGUUAACCCUCAGCUCCAGCCUCCUUACUGUAGCUUUCUGCAGACCAGCCCUUGCCUGCUCUCCACGGUCCUAAACAUGUCCACAAGAACCGUUUACAGCCCCGGGAAUGGAACUCCGAUCGGAGCCCUCUCCACCAGGCUCCCUCUCUGCUACCCACCCUAA